AUGGCAACGCGUCUGCAGUCAUAUGACAGUAACUCCAGUGACACGGAAAACUGGGAAGGGAAAUCGACGAGCCGACCUCGGAAACUGUGCAAGCAUUCGAGCAGUCGAGCAAUCGCAUCUGGAGUGGAGAGCCAACAGAGGAAGAUGAGCCUGCACGGUGCCAGCGGGGGCUGCGACCGUUCACGUGACCGGCGUCGCUCCAGCGAUCGCUCCAGGGAUUCCUCGCAUGAGAGAGAGGGGCAGCUCACCCCAUGCAUUCGCAACCUCACUUCACCCACCCGCCAGCAUAACAGUGGUGAGGAUCGCGAUGGCGGGCCAUCGUCAAGGCCUGGCAGCCCUCGGCCGCAGAGGGUUUCUCCCAGCGGCUCCAGCAGCAGCGGCGUGGUGAGCAGCCGCAACAGCAGCCUCUCCAGCACUGAGGGAACCUUCAAAAGUUUGCCAGCGGGCGAAAUGGUGUUCGUGUAUGAGAAUCCCAAAGAGGCGGCGACCAGCACCACUGUCUGCAACCGCAACGUGCGCACCUCCGAGAGGGUCACGCUGAUUGUUGACAACACGCGCUUCGUGGUCGACCCCUCCAUCUUCACCGCGCAGCCCAAUACCAUGCUGGGCAGAAUGUUCGGGUCGGGACGAGAGCACAAUUUCACCCGGCCCAAUGAGAAAGGGGAGUUUGAGGUGGCCGAAGGAAUCAGUUCAACGGUUUUCCGAGCAAUUCUGGAUUACUACAAAUCGGGGCUAAUCCGUUGUCCUGAUGGAAUCUCCAUCCCUGAGUUGCGGGAGGCGUGUGACUAUCUAUGCAUUUCUUUUGACUACAGCACCAUCAAAUGCAGAGACCUCAGUGCCCUGAUGCACGAGCUGUCCAACGACGGCGCCCGGCGACAGUUUGAGUUUUACCUGGAAGAAAUGGUUCUACCUCUGAUGGUGGCGAGCGCCCAGAGCGGCGAGCGCGAGUGCCACAUUGUGGUCCUCACCGACGACGACGUGGUGGACUGGGACGAGGAGUACCCGCCACAGAUGGGAGAGGAGUACUCACAAAUCAUCUACAGCACAAAACUCUACAGAUUCUUUAAGUAUAUCGAGAACAGAGAUGUGGCCAAGUCUGUUUUGAAGGAGAGGGGAUUGAAGAAAAUCAGACUGGGCAUUGAAGGUUACCCCACAUAUAAGGAGAAAGUAAAGAAGCGCCCUGGAGGUCGUCCGGAGGUUAUCUACAACUACGUCCAGCGCCCCUUUAUCCGCAUGUCAUGGGAAAAGGAGGAGGGCAAGAGUCGCCACGUGGACUUCCAGUGCGUCAAGUCCAAAUCCAUCACCAACUUGGCAGCGGCAGCGGCUGAUAUCCCGCAGGACCAGCUGGUUGUCCUGCACCCGGGCCCCCAGGUGGACGAGUUGGACAUCCUGCCCAAUCACCCACCCGGGGGCAACGCUUACAACAACAACUACAGCAACGAGCCCGACCCAGAGGGACCGCCGCCCGCCGUGUGA